CAGUGACCACAUGCAUCACGAGGGGCACCAUACCGCUCAGGCACCGCUUUAACUAACACCCACCAAUCUUCUCGCCCGAUCACUUUCCUCGUACAACCACACGCCCACCAUGAAGAUCCUCUACAUUGGCAUCCUGCGCAAUGAAUCCAAGCCCGCCGUCGAACUCGCCGCCGAACGCGACCUCUCCAGCUUCUCCCGCUUCACACGAUCUAGCGUCGGCGAGUUCCUCACUGUCUUCGCGAAGACUGUAGCCGAGCGCACCAACCCAGGCCAACGACAAGACGUUGAAGAGCAGUCCUACACCUUCCACUCCUAUGCGCGCUCCGAAGGCGUCUGCGGCAUCAUUAUCUCCGACCAUGAAUACCCUAAGCUCGUAGCCCACCAGCUGCUCUCGAAGAUCCUCGACGAGUUCCUGAGCAAAUUCCCCAAGUCGGCGUGGGAGAACAGCAAUGGCGAAGUGCCGUUCACGCAGUUGAAGGAGUAUAUCGUCAAGUACCAGGAUCCACAGCAAGCGGAUAGUAUCAUGAAGAUCCAAAAAGAGCUCGACGAGACGAAAAUCGUGCUACACAAAACCAUCGAAUCCGUGCUAGAACGAGGCGAGAAAAUCGACAGCUUGGUCGCCAAAUCCGACGGGCUGAGCGCACAGAGUAAGAUGUUCUAUACACAAGCCAAGAAGCAGAAUAGCUGCUGCGUGGUCAUGUAAGAGGAGAAGCAGGAUAGAGAGAACAGAACUGGACAGUGGAGGAGGAAGAUGAUACCUGGCGCCAGAGAUAGGCUUUUGCGCCGCAGAGCAAAGAAGACAAGGAGUUCAAGGAGUCUUUUGCUUGGGAACUUUGACCUUGAGGAUAAACAAAGUGAGCGAAUUUCUUUCCACCUCAUACUGAAUGAUGAAGUUUGAGUAUGGCAGUCAUGAGAUAAGCCUGAGAUAGAAGCAUUGUGUGCAAGAUGCAGAAUGGCCACAACUAAGCGCACCUAGACAUUUCUUCUAACAGCCAACGAUCAAAAAGGUGACACAUUUAUGCAAAACAGUUGAUGCCUGCACAGUGGGUUUGACCUAUCUCAAGUGGGACAUAAGUCGCGCUUGACUUAU